UUUUCAGAAAAGAUAUCUUCACGGAAUGGUAUUUAAAACGAUAUUUUUUUAAUUAAGCUUAUAAUUGAAAUUGUUUAAGCUGGGAUAUUUAUGUAUUGUUCUGAUUUUAAGUUUCACUUUUGUGAUUGAAAUUUCUCAAUGAAAAGAAUAUAACAUUUUGUGGUAGAGUAUGUUUGAUUUUUGAUUUCAACACUGUGGAUGUGGUGAGAAGAGGUUAAUAUCUAACAGCUGUACACUAUCAGAGAUGAUGUUAGGAACUUGUUAAUUACUCUAGUCAAGUGAACAUCUGUUUUUGUAAUCAUGAAGUGCUCAUCUCCGGUAAUGAAUUACAGAACAAAAAGCGAGAAGUCUCGAAACUUGAGUGAAAAGAAGAGACGUGACCAGUUCAACAUGCUUAUCAAUGAGCUUUGUUCCAUGGUGUCGACCAGCAACAGAAAAAUGGACAAAUCCUCUGUUUUAAGGUCAACCAUAGCCUUUCUCAGGAGCCAUAGUGAAGUAUCAGUUCAGUCACAGUCAUUGGAAAUACAGGAAAACUGGAAGCCUUCAUUUUUAUCAAAUGAAGAAUUCACACACUUAACACUUGAAGCUCUGGAUGGUUUUAUUCUGGUUUUUUCAUCAUGUGGUAGAAUUCUCUAUGCCUCAGAAAGUAUAACUACUUUGUUAGGAUACCUGCCAGGAAGUCUUUCAUCAUCGAUAUUUGAUUUGGUCCAUGAAAGUGAUAAACCACCAUUAUAUAAAUUGUUAAAUAGUGCUCCAUCUGCAACAGACCAGAAUGAUAACACAAAACAUUCCUGUGUGGCACUGUCACUGCACAUGAAACAUGGCCCAAUUCAUUCAUCAGACACUCCAACAUUUGAGCGAAUUCGACUUAUUGGAACAUUCCAUACAUGGAGACCAUCAUAUACAGAAGAUCCUGAUGACACCCGAUCCAGCAGCAUUAAUUCACGGCUUAAUUCUAAUAGCAUGGAGUGGAAGUCAUGUUUCGUUGCCAUGGCAAGACUACAAACACCACAGUUAUUGAGGGAAAUGACACUCUGUGACAACUUUAAAAAUGAAUUUACUUCACGCCACAGCAUGGAAUGGAAAUUCCUCUUCUUGGAUCAUAGGGCUCCUCCUAUUAUUGGAUAUCUUCCUUUUGAGGUUUUGGGAACAUGUGGCUAUGAUUAUUACCAUGUAGAUGAUCUAGACCAAAUAGCAGCGUGUCAUGAAGCAUUGAUGCAAACUGGAGAAGGAACAUCAUGUUACUAUAGAUUUCUAACCAAAGGUCAACAGUGGAUAUGGCUACAGACACGCUACUUUAUUACUUAUCACCAGUGGAAUUCAAAGCCAGAGUUUAUUGUCUGUACUCACAGUGUCAUCAGUUAUGACCAUGUCCAGGCUACAGUAGAAAUGGAAAUAAAGAAAAACAAGCAACAGUCACCCAAGAUUGAUAGUUCUCCAUGUCCUCCUGGCUCUACAUCAUCCCAAGCCCUAAGAGAAAGGGCAUGUCAAUCACCCACUCCUUCAGUUACCUCCAGGUGUAGCCUAUCCUCUACAGUAACUGACUUUUCUAGAGCUAUUGGCUCUUCAACAUUGCAAGAAGGAUUAGUUUACUCCAGAUCAUCUGAACCUAGCAGAAGCCAGCAGCCAGUCGCUGGUUCACUUGCUGUUCAUCCUGCCAAAUCCAUUAGCAGUUCUGUGGAACAUUUGCCCAGCACUAUUCAACUAAGCUCCUCUGUUCCUGUACAAAACACAUCAUCUGUUGUAACUAUAGCCACUCUACAGCCUUUGGUUGGAAUAUCAAGGUCACCUUUGUUAACAUCAUCCAAUAUUAAUACAUUUCAGCAGCCAGUGUCCCAAGGAGAGUGUGUUCAGUCUGCCAUUGUGAUGACUCCAGGCCAUACCCAGCUUCAGGACUACCUAAAACGACGCCAUCAACUUCUUCAGCAACAAAUACUCCUACAGCAAGAAGAGCUUCGACGAGUUUCAGAGCAGCUGAUGUUAGUACAAUUUGUGCCUCCGAACUUUGCUGUCACCACAAUGCCUCUCCAGGAAGGCAAUCCACAGUCCUCUGUGUAUGUCAGCCCAUCAACAAUUGCAACAGUAGUAGAAUCUGGUAUUUCUAAAACAGUUACAGUUCCCUCCCUGAACAAAUCAGCUAUCUCUACAGCUGGCUCUAUCAUGUUUAACCCUCAGGUGCUUUCUCAAGCCCAAGGUUUUUUGCCACUUCCAUUGUCCCAGGAUCAAUCUCAGAUUAUAUUCAACACUGUUUCUAAAUCAACUCAGUAAUUUGUAAUAGAAUCUCACAAGUUACAUGUGCACUAAAGGUUUUUUAAAAUGUCAUCAUCAGAAGUGGUUUUGUUUCCUUCCCAGUCUUUAUUAUGUGAUAAGUUUUAACAAACUGAUAUUGUAUGUUUUUUGAAUGAUACCAGUGGAGCUAUUUCAGUAUUAAACAUUCAGAUGUUGUUGUUAAAAAAAGUGUGACGUUAACACCUUUGUUUUAGCUAUUGCCAGUGUUUUAAGACUGCACAUUUUAUCUAUUAUGGUGUCAUACAGUGAUCAAAGUUUCCAGUUCAUACUGUAAAAUGCUUCUACGUAAUUUUGUGAAACAGUUUGACACAAUGUGAUUAUGAAUAAAUAUUACGUAUUUCUUGUAACAUAACUUUAUGUAUGUACCUGGUGUACACUAAUUAAAAAUAGCAAAUGUUUCUAUUUUGGUUAAUUGUAAAGUGAAUGUAGAGCUUGCAACUGUUAGAGCCCUAUCGUCUACAGAUUUUAAGUUUUGCAUCUUGUUCUGUUGAUUUUUUAGAAAUUUUAUGUUUUACUUGCCAAAUAAAAAGAUAUUUUUACACUUAUUGCUACAAUAAAUUUAUAGUUCUAAGUUGUUGUUUUUUUCAUUUUGCUAUUGUGAUUCAAUUUUUAAAGCAUUUAAUUUCUUUUAGAAGUUGUAAGUUCUAAAUAUUUAGUAAUGCUGCUGUGAAUAUCUUUGUAGAAUAUAUUGUUCUUUGUGGUCAUGAUUGAUUUUCUAGAAUGUUUGAAUUCUGUUUCUUUUGUCAAUGUAUGGUAAACCUUACACUCUUCUUUCAUAAUGGAAUUUCUAAAUUAAACUAUUAUUAUUGUUUGUACAGUAUUACAUUUUAGUGUCCUGAUUUUUUGAAAAUGUAGCCCAUUGAUUCUAGUACUUUUAGUAAAAACAUACUUAAUAGAAAA